UAUUGCUUGAUUCCUCAAUUGUAACCCUAUUCAGACGCCAUGAAGAAAGUCACAGUAUAAAGAAGGGUAGCAUUGAUGUCAUGCGUAAAGCUGGAGUAUCCUCAGGAGUAUUUGAAAUAACAGAUUAUACUAACUCUACAGAGUUUGAAGAAUUCAUUUAUUCUGUUGAGCAGGUUAUAGAAAAGUGGGGCUUGAGCAAAGGUGGAUUCUGGAACAAUGAUUCUCUGCCAGAAUUCAGUAGAACUGAGAGCUUGACCUAUGGUAGGCAAUCAUUUCGCUUGACUCACUCAACUUUAAAUGUUGGAAAGGACUUCAAGUCUCUACAGCAGGCAGAUUUUCCUCCAAAGACACAUUGUUUAAAUCGAUGGUAUGGGUUGUCAGAAUUCAUCAUACUCUCCCCUGAAACAGCAGAUGAUGCUAUAUAUUUCCUUGACUCCUCCAAGUUACUAAUGAGUUCCUUAGCAUCUGCUCUAACCAGAACUCAGUGCAACCUUCCUAUGUUCAUACAGCUUGGAUCACUUUCAAAGCGGUUCUACUCAGGAAUAUGGCUAAGCAACAGUCUUCAGACAACUCUUGAUAUGGUUCUCUUAAAAUCUCCUCCUCCUCAGUGUUCAUCUUUGAAAGAGAUCCUCUGCUUUUAUAAACGUAGUAUUCCGUGUUCCAUCUCUCCAUUUCCUCAAACUUUCAUAUCAGUCAGAUACACAUUUUGUUUACACAAUUUCAUCGGAUGUUUGAGUGACGACCAUGUGUAUUCUCAAAAUAAGGCUGCUUCAAAAUCAAAACUCCCCUUUGGUUCAGUGAGAGAUCCAGUACAAGAUUUCUUAUUGGCAACCUCAUGGAUGGGACUAUCAGAACAUCUCAUCUCCGAUUCAGAAUCUGGGGAACUUGACCCAUUGCGAGCAACUCAAUGGUCGAUUAGAUACACCAAUACUAGUAACUCCUUCUGUAUUCUGUAUAAUUUCGUGGACUACCUCGCCUCAUUACUAACCAAUGAUGCUACAAUAAUAAGUUUGCUUGGAACCUCAGUUGAUGAUAACAUAGAAGUAGAUGUCUCAGCCGCUUUCAGAACUUUAACAGCACCAAAACCCAUUGUGCAAGUUCCAUCGUUUGAUAUUACGAUGUUGCCUGGCAAGUUACUCGGAACGUAUGGGGCAUUUGUUGAUAAAGAAAUCUUGGCAUCCUAUAUGCAUUACAUCUUUGAAGAACCGUACGAUGAUGAAGUUGUUGCAGAAACUCGGUCAAGUCAUAUUAAGUCAUGUCCCAGGGACUCAAUAACUCACCGGAUUACAGUGUCAUUGUGUUUGGUGCUCUGUACCCAGGGCGGAGUUAAAGGCUUCGCUCAGCUUUGGAGGUGUAUAAUAGAACAGCUACGAUUUCAUUACGAAAAGGGUAAGAUUAUCCCCGGGGCUAGCACCCAACCCGACCCAGCUUUAUCUCUCUUACACCAGAAGAUUCAGAUGCUCAAUGCUUGCAUCAAGCAGAAAAUAGAGCGAGGAAGUGUGCUGUUUGCAUCAGGGGAGGCAGCACACCAACACGAGUCAGAUCACCAGACUCUAACCUUGCUACUGACUGGACAACAGCUCAGAAUACCUCUUACACAGCGCCACUCCCCCAUGACAGAAGACAUGCAGGAGGAACACAUGGAUGCGCUGGCUAAGUUAGGUUCCAGUGCUGAAGGGUCCCGUCUCCGAACUGAGCUACAUUCCUUGUCUCUAUUAUCUGACAUGCAGGCCUUCAAAGCUGCUAAUCCAAACUGCCGACUAGAAGACUUUAUUCGUUGGUACUCACCCAGAGACUGGAUCACAGUUCCCAUCACUCGACCUCUUAUACCAGAAGACACAGUACCUGACUUAGCUGAAGCAGCUGACAGAAGUGGGGAUGAAGAGCAGCAGCAAGAGGACGAGUUAGAUGCUGAUGAAAGUUUCGCUAAUUUAGAUGUUGCAGGAAAUACUGAAAAGGAGUCCGAAAGUGUUGAGUGUGAGAGUUCGGGUAGUGCUGAUGACCCGACUGAGGCAGAAGAUACUGAAAAGAAGGAGAUUGUUCGAGAUGAAAGUUCUGAUGAACCAGCUGAUUUAGAUGCUGCAGGAAAUGCUGAUCAUGAGGAAAGUGUUGAAGAUAAGAAUUCUGAGAAGGUUGAUGAACCAAUGGAUGAUUUCUCUGAACAGAUCGGUGAACUUGCUGAACCAACCGAAGAUAUGGAAUCAUGUGAUAAAGCUUCUGAUGAAAUGGUGUCACCGACGGAUGUUGAUGUUGCCAUUCCUUCUGAUGAAAUUGACGAAAAAAUGGAUGAUCAAGACAUUCCAAAACCAACUGAGUCUUUCUUAGAUGGGGACGAGUCUAUGACUUCAGAGGAAGGCAAAGAGGAAGAAGGAGGAGGAGUUGUGAACCAGGUAAGAUCUUCUGUGUGUGACGACUCUGAUGAUGAGUUCGUAGAUGCUGAAGAACACACUUUCCAGAGUGUAAGUGAAGCAUCAGACAGAAUGAUGUCACCUGACAAUACUGAGAAUUUGGAAAAAGACGCUCCAAUCAAACCCUCUGAAGUUGCAGAAAAGAGUGAGGAAAUGGAUUCUCAUUCGGAAACAAAGGAUGAAGAAACAUUGGAAACAGAAAACCCUCCGGAACCACCACCAAGUGCCAUAAAACAUGAACAACCUCUUGAUCCAGACGUUUAUGGGGGACACCUAAGCGCCCGUAUGUCAAAAGAAAGUGCGUGGAAAGAAGUUUGGUAUGUUGCAAAGCCUAUCCCAAUAUGGCAACAGAAACGACUGUUUGAUGACACCAAAGAAGCUGAGAGGAUCCUGCACUUUUUCAUCCAAUCUGAGAUGAGAACAGUUGCAACACUCCUCAUGCCAUCUUUGCUUCACGCAGCAUAUGAUAGAAUCGUAGAAUGCCCUGACAGUAAUGUAUACUUUAUCAAGGAAGGCACUGAUAAACUACUCCAAAAACUGAAGGACCUUCGUCGUUACACGAGUGGAGAUACCGAUAUUUACCAGGAAAUGGUCUCAGAUAUCUACGACUGUGAGCUCCUCGCCUCAAAAUAUCAUUCAAUCAAGAACAAACUGUCUCAUCAAUCUCAAACCACCCAAUCAGAAGAACCCCCUAGGAAGAUGUCAGAACUAGAGCGCAGGACUAGAAGAAAUAUAAAAGGGCCCAAACUGUCCUCCCAACAAGUUGCUGCUGCUCCGGAGCCUGUUAUCAACGAAGAAGCUCUGUUUGAACAGCUGAUAUCAUCAGAAGCAGAGGUAGUGGGAGCUUCUCGCAGUGCCUGGGGCAGUGUUUUACAGCGGUUGUUCCACGCCCAGCAAGCAGCAGCUUCUAGAACAUCGCCCACUCCGGCUCAUCCUAGACAGAUACCAAUAUUCCCUUUACCCAUUGGUAGAGAGUACAUCUUACAGACGGUCACCAAACAUCCGUCUCCUGCCUCACGAGAUUGCUUGCAGAGGAUGUUCGUCACAGUCUCUGGGAGCGAGUUUAGGAUGGCAUAUGCGAACUCUUCGGAUAAAACAUUUUUGUGAGGGGGCUGUUGAUUUGGCAUGAUCUUGAAAGUUAAUUAAUCAUUAAAUCUGGUUUUUAGUUUUCACUUUUCACGUUAAACUAGUUGCAUUUUCAGUUUAAGUAUUCUUCAGUGUUUCUAAAGUUUAUUAAUUUAAUAAGAAGCUCUGUAACUCAAGUUUUCGGGUGUUUGAUAAUUUCGAUGUAAUUGUUUAUGACUUUUUGUGUAAAUUUGUUGGUAAUAAUCUUUAUUAAAUAGUUAAAUAAUCAUCCUUUUAGAAA